GUCUUACUGGAAGUCAUUUUGUAGUCCUAGAGGGUCAUCUGAAGGGGUCUCUGGUGGUCCUCAAGUGCCCCCAAUGUUGCAAAGGGUGAUUUUGCCUUGAACGUCUCUUAGGGCAUGUGCUGUUACUUCUUGUUACAUAACUUCGGCACAAAAGCCACUAUCCACUGGUUUCAGCUACAUUUAGCAUCCUAUGCCUUCAGUGUUUGACAAAGAACCUUUCCAGAUACUCUGCAGAUAUUAAGUCAUUGCCACCCAAUAUAAAGGAUAAACUGAUUAAAUUAAUGAGUAGGCAAGGGCAAAUAACUGAUGCAAAUAUCAGUGAGGUAUUGCACCCUGCUGUGGAGUCUCUGGACCUCCGAGACUGUGAUAUUUCAGAUAAUGCAUUAUUGCAGCUUUAUAACUGCAAGCAGCUGAAAAAAAUCAACUUAAAUUCUUGCAAGGAGAACAGAUUUGGAAUUACUUCAGAAGGGGUCAUAGCACUGGCCUUAUCCUGUCCUUACCUGCGUGAAGCGUCUUUCAAGAGGUGCUGUGAUAUAACUGACAGUGGAGUUCUGGCUCUUGCACUCAACUGCCAAUUCCUACAAAUAGUGAACCUGGGCAGCUGCUCAGGCAUCAUGGAUGCAUCUCUGCAGGCACUAGGAGAAAACUGCAAAUUUCUUCACAGUGUAGACUUCUCAUCCACUCAGGUAACAGAUGAUGGCGUUGUAGCACUAGUGAGUGGAACAUGUUCAAAGAAUUUAAAGGAAAUCCACAUGGAGCGCUGUGUGAAUCUGACGGACAUUGCUGUGGAAGCCGUCCUUACUUGUUGUCCCAAGAUACACAUUUUUCUGUUCCAUGGAUGCCCCCUGAUAACAGAUCGUUCCCGAGAUGCUUUAGAGCAACUCAUCAUAUCAAACAAAAUCAAGCAACUAACAUGGACUGUUUACUGAUUAUUUAUCCUGUACAUGUGAGUGUCAAGUUUACAGGUGGGAGAGCUCCUUCAGCCAACAAGGCCCUGGAGAACUAACUGGUGGCUCCUGUGCCACCAGGUUGCAUCCCUCCUGCUUCCCACUGGAGGUCUCUGUUGCCAUUCCAGUCCUUGCCUGUGAGGCUGGGCUUCCACAUUAUCUGUCCUUGGAGCCCUGUCUGUCUUUGCAUUGAUCAUACUUCAUUAAGAGGAAAGUUAAACUAUAAUUAAUAUUACAGAGCCGUUGCUCAGGCUUCACGAAGUGUUGGAUUUGGCUGCUACUUAGUAUCCUUUAGCAACUUAGCUACAUGUACAAACCCAGUUUAGGUAAGUCUGCGUUCUGAGUUCUGUAUUCUGGGAUGGUACUUGCAACUGAAAGUACUGAGCCCAAAUGUAACAUUGGUACACAGAAAUGUCUGUGAAGUUGGGAGUUUAAUCUAACAAAAAUCAACAGACAUAACUGGUGAAUGGAGGUGGCAUUAACAGCAAUAAAAAUGUGCUUUCAAUAGUAACAAAGAAUCUCCUUUCACCAUAUACUUUUGCUAGGUCUGGAAUAAAAAAUGUAGGUACCUUUCUUCUGAUGUUA